AUGCUCCUGCUGAUAGUACAACAGCUCCAUGAGACCCCGGAAUGCAUUUUCGCUCUUGCAUUGACAUGCAAGACUUUGCAUAUGAUACUCAUCCCAGAGGAGCCAGUUCUCGAACCCCUGGCACGCGACUCUCUCCUACUUCUUCUUGAAAAAGACGCUGAAGUUGGCAGCCAGUUCUACUUCUGCCCUAUAUGCCAUAAGCUGCACCGCUUUUCGCCGUCAUAUAGUCCGCUGACCCACGAGCAUACGAUGUAUAACAGCCAAAUCAGAUACUUACUCAUCGAUGAUGAGCUGUUCCUCUGCGCGACGCACACGGCUAACAGUUACGGCAUACCUGACUGUUCUCUUCGAUCUACCAUCGACCAAAGAUACACAUACUUCAUCUGUCAUCAUGUCGAUCCGAGCUACAAAAUUACUGCUCUCAAGAUGCCCAAACCGCCGUCCUGCGACGCCGGGGAGCAAUUUUCCGAGUGUCGAGACGUUGUCGAAUCGUGCACCAUGUGUCUCACCGACCAUUGCACGACCAUCGAGCGGAAGAGGGCUCCAAAGCAAGUAUUGCGCAACUAUUUCUUUGGAGACCGACAUUGGCCUGUGAGCACGGGUUGGAUCAUCACCAUCGUCGCCUACUAUCAGUUAGGAAGGUGCCGUUCUCCCUUUGAUUGGAAGUGGAGAGCCAUAACAGGAUUGACCCGACCAGACUGGGGGAAUUGGAGGGACAAUGACCGUUACCCACCCGGCUCAAUAAGGGAGAAAUGGCUACUAUCAACAAGCCAGCAGAUAUCAGAAGACAUGCAAUAG